AUGUUCCAGCUCAAGGCCAAUGAGACAAAUCUAGAGGCCGACGAGUUGCAGAGAAUUGCACUUGCUAAGACAAACAAAUCAAAUGAAGAAUAUGCUAGUAGUUACCUAAAGCUUCGUUUAAGUGAAGUCGAGGGAGAGAAAAAAGGCACCAAAAGCAAUGAGAUAAAUGGCCAUAGCUUUAGGACCCUUGAUGGGGAUCCGAAGAACAAAUCGGAUAGGAGCUUAACAAUAACUUCUAAAAAAGAGAUUAAAACUAUAAAAUGGAAAUUUGAUCCUAAAAAUGAAGAAGAAGGAGAAGAAUAG